GUGCACAGAUUUCCAAGGCUUGGAACAUCUUAGCCCUGGAUGGAAGCAACUGGCAAAGAAUAGACCUUUUUAACUUUCAGACGGAUGUGGAGCGCUCUAAGCUCGGGAGACCUGACCGUUGUUACUCUGAGUGGCGCACCGAGAACUCUACUUUGGCAUCAGAAGAGUAGAAACGACAGGAGGAGGUGAUCUGAGUGGCCCGACGGCCCAGAAGCUUCCCGUGCCUCUGUCGUGCUGUCUAGGAAGUCAAGAGGCCAGGCCGUCUUUGAAGCCUGGGCCGCGUGGUGGAGAACAUCUCGAAGCGGUGCGGCGGGUUCCUGAGGAAGCUCAGCCUGCGCGGCUGCGUCGGGGUCGGGGACUCGUCCUUGAGGACCUUUGCACAGAACUGCAGGAACAUUGAACAUCUAAACCUCAAUGGGUGCACGAAGAUCACCGACAGUGUGCUUGCCCUUCUCCACCCAGCACCUGUUACAGCCUAGGCAGAUUCUGUUCCAAGCUGAGACAUCUGGAUCUGACCUCCUGUGUGUCCAUCACAAACAGCUCCUUAAAGGGCAUCAGGUAAGGGUGCUGGUGUCUGGCGAGAAGCCCCGAAGCUGCACACACUCCGGCGUAUCCUGCGAGGGCUGCCGCAGCCUGGAGUACCUGAACCUCUCCUGGUGUGACCAGGUCACAAAGGAUGGCAUCGAGGCUCUGGUGCGGGGCUGCCGGGGCCUGAAGGCCCUGCUGCUGCGGGGCUGCACACAGUUAGAAGACGAAGCUCUGAAGCACAUUCAGAACUACUGCCCCGAGCUCGUGAGCCUCAACCUGCAGUCGUGCUCACGCAUCACCGACGAGGGCGUGGUGCAAAUAUGCAGGGGCUGCCACCGGCUGCAGGCCCUCUGCCUCUCGGGCUGCAGCCACCUCACCGACGCCUCCCUCACCGCCCUGGGCCUGAACUGCCCGCGACUGCAAAUUCUGGAGGCUGCCCGAUGCUCCCACUUGACUGACGCAGGCUUUGCACUCUUGGCUCGGAACUGCCACGACCUGGAGAAGAUGGAUCUGGAAGAAUGCAUCCUGAUCACCGACAGCACGCUGGUCCAGCUCUCCAUUCACUGCCCGAAGCUGCAGGCCCUGAGCCUGUCCCACUGUGAGCUCAUCACAGACGACGGGAUCCUGCACCUGAGCAACAGUGCCUGCGGCCACGAGCGGCUGCAGGUUCUGGAGCUGGACAACUGCCUGCUCAUCACGGACGCGGCGCUGGAGCACCUGGAGGCCUGCCGCGGCCUCGAGCGCCUGGAGCUCUACGACUGCCAGCAGGUCACCCGCGCCGGCAUCAAGAGGAUGCGGGCCCAGCUCCCUCAUGUCAAAGUGCACGCCUACUUCGCUCCCGUCACCCCCCCGGCAGCAGUGGCAGGCGGCGGCCAGCGGCUGUGCAGGUGCUGUGUCAUUCUCUGACCGAGUCUUCCGAGCGGCUCCAGCCUCACCCACAUCUCCUGACUCUCCGCGGGGAAAGCGUUGGCAGGUAGACUUCUGUAUGGUGGCAGUAGUGCGGCCGUGGCGCUCCCCUUUCCUCCCUGUGAUGCAGUCCACCGUCCACUGGCAGCCUUGUCGGUUAGCACAUGGCAGGAGCCGGGAUCUCUUUCAAGGUGGACACCGACGGAAGUCCCACCCUUGGCGGUUCCUGCAUUCCUCAGACCACCAGUGUCAGCACACGUGGAGCAGCAAAAAGCAGCUGUGGACUUGGACCUGCUCCCUAAGCCAGGGCCUGCUGGAAGUCAGCGAUUCCGCGGUGAUGCGCACGUUCGCAGGUGGCUGUACUGCACAUCCGCAGUGCCUGGAUUUCACGUGAAGCCUUAGAUGGAAGGCACGUGACGGUCUCCACGAGACACCAAAGCAUGAGGCGGAGCGAGGUCUUCCCGUCACCAGCUCCUCCAGGGACCACAGCGUGUGUGUUGCCUGAGGGGAAACUGUAAACUCUGGAAGAUGCUACAGCACAGAAUGCAUCUUUGCUAAAAGGAAAAAAAACUAUUUCCAAACUUCUCACAAAAUCUGGGGGACUUGAAACAGAAUUAAGACUUCAGUUAUCUAUAAUAUUAUCAAUUAAAAUAAUGAGUGGAUGCCUGUAGAGCGGGUGUGAUUCUUUCUCAAGUUUAUUUUAAAAAUCUUAGAAAUCAGGUUACACCAGAACUAAUCAAACUUUACACUUUAAACUCAGAUCAGUAAAGUGUUGGCACCUUGUAAACUGAUAAUAUAAAAAUGAAUAAACCAUCGCAGUGCUUAAAAAAAUCAGGUCAGAGGGUUUUAUUGCUAUCUUGUGACAGACAUCUUCCAAACCCAGACCUUCCUAGAAUGGCGUCUGGUAGGACCUUUUUCUGCUGAUUGAUGCACUGUGCUCUCCACAUCUGUGGAGCUCACCUCCGGGUGAGCUGGCCAUCGAGGCUCAUGGGAAGCUUGAGUGAAACAGCAACACCAAGAUUUGUCCUGCGACUCAACAGAGCGUCCAGAGGAUGGACAGUAUGGAGGCACAUGUGCUCCGAGUCCCGCAAACUCGGCGGGAUCAUCAGGUACGCUGAGGCCCAGAUGAUUUUUAUUGCUUUAUGAUAGGCUACAGCUGGCUGAAAUACGCAUGUUAUAGCACUCCUGGGAGUGGGGGCAGACUGGCCCGGAAGCCAUUUCAGC